AUGUGUAAUCUUUUCAACACCAGAAUUGAGGAUGCGCUCGCCCUCGCAGCCACUGCUCAGCUCCCCACGGACUCAGACUUUGACGAGCCCGACUCCCCAGAGAAAGUUGAGAUGACUCGCUUGGAGUUCGUCCACCCCGAUCAACUUGCGUUGAUGGGUUCUGGUCGUGAGGACACUACGCUGCCAAUUCAUCAGCAUGGAGGUAGGUCUCCUGAGAACGUUUCUUCUAAUGCCAACAACAGUGUUGUGCAUCGCAACGGUUGUAAGAGACGUCGCUCUCGCAAGCCAUCGGUUGAGUCCGUCGUCAGAGGCGACAGCUGUAAACCCUGUGCUCACGGCCAUGGUGACCACAUCAACACCAACCAAGACUUGCAGCAGUGGGCCCCUGCUCCAUUUCACGAGUCUUUCCAGCCUUCAACAGAAUUCUAUGAAAAGAUACUGGCUAUGGCUCGUAUGCACAACGCCACGUACACCUACCACUCAGUCACCGUCAACAAUCAUUACAAUCACGAGUCACGCACUCUAACGGCAGUUCACGCAGUGAAGGGACAAAAAGUCAUCGUAGAGGCCGCGACAGAGAUUCCAACUGAACGCCAGGCUUUUAUCCCGGUCUGCUCACCAAUACGUCCUCAUGUUUCUUUCUUUUCUGGAGAUGCAGGUCUUCUUAUCAGUCUCCUCUUUCUUUCGCCAAGUACAUCAUUCCCGUCCACCAAGAUGAUUUUCUCGACUCUUCUCGCCAACCUCCUUUUCGAAAGUUUGAAGCAGACUUGA